GUGGCGGCGGCGGGAGGGAGCCCGGGAGUCAGCGAGGCCGCCCGCCCGCGCUGCUGGCGAGAUGCGGUCCGGCUCCGCGCUGCUCUGGUUGCUUGCCUUGCGGUGGCCCCUAGGGCGCCAGGGCUCCGGGACCCCAACCUGGACUCGGAUUCCCCCUUCCCCUUCUAGUUCCCUGCUCCUGGCAUGAAUAGAAGAGCGGGGGGCGCCAUGGAGGCGGAGGAUCGCUCUUCGGUCCCUGCUCCUAGUCCUGCUCCUGUUCCAGGUGAAAACCAUUCUGACUCACCACCAGCACCAGAGGCAGGGGACCAAUUGCAAAGCCUCAGCCCUUUACAAUGUGCCCAGCAACAGGGAAAAAGACCUCAGAUCAAGUGUCCAGCUGCCAAAACAAACCCUCCGAAAAAACCCCGAGUACCUCCUAAGCCUGUCCAUUUCAAACCACUUGGGCAAGAAAGAGAUUUGCAGCGAAUACCUCCGGCGCCUCGUAGACCUCUGCCGGCUGACCCAAGGCCAUCCAGGACCUCAUUGUCUGCAGAAGGAGAAACACAGAUCUCACCAGACAUCAGCAGUUUGAUUGAAAAGUUUGAAAGCAUCUGGCAUCCCAUUCCUGUUCUUCAGAGGAGCCAGUCCCAUUUACCCUUUAGGAUGGAGUCAGCAUUGAGUUCAUCACCAUCCCCAAACACUGCAGACUGUGAGCUGGGCUUUGGCUCUGGAGACUCAAGUGAGAAAAACAAGAGAGACGAAAGCCAGCCAGCUGUGCUGGGCAUUCCAGAACCAUCCAGUACAGACUUGGGCAAAAUAAGAGAACUCCACAUAGGGGACAGCCAAAGCUUUGAGGACUGUUCUGCUAAGCCCAACAAAGAGGCCAUGGGAGGGGAUGGUGCAAAAGCCCCAAUUGUUGAGCAGGGCAGCAGUGGGAAAAUACCUAACCGAGACAGUGGCAUUGAUAGCCCUUCCUGUAGCGUGGCAGGAGAGACUUUUCCAACUGAGGAAGGAGGAGAGCACAAGAAAUACCCAACGCCAGGCCUCUUAACUGAGAUAGAAUCUGAAAGAGAACGGAACAUGAGCUCACCUGGUGAUACCCAGAAAGAGGUAGCCCAAGAGGCUGACAGUGAUGUCGAUGAGGGCAGCAGUGAGGAGCCAGAAACUGCGGAUGUGCCAAAGGGAGAAGACCUAGAUGUAGCCAAGUGUACAGAGCCACAGAAGUUAUUCAACAUUGCAAAUGAACUCCUCCACACUGAAGAAGCCUAUGUCAAAAGAUUGCACCUACUGGACCAGGUUUUUUGUACGAAGUUGGCAGAAGCUGGGAUUCCAUCUGAUGUGACAACUGGUAUCUUCUCCAAUAUUUCUUCUAUCUACUGUUUCCAUGGACAGUUUCUCUUACCAGAACUGCAGGCUCGGAUUACUCAAGAAUGGAGUACAAAUCCCAGGAUUGGGGAUAUCCUUCAGAAGCUAGCUCCAUUCCUGAAGAUGUAUGGUGAAUAUGUAAAGAACUUUGACAGAGCUAUGGACUUGGUAAACACCUGGACCCAGAGAUCAUCUCCCUUUAAAGAUGUUGUUCACAGCAUCCAGAAGCAGGCGGUCUGUGGGAACCUGACGUUGCAGCAUCACAUGCUAGAGCCAGUACAGAGAAUCCCUCGCUAUGAGAUGUUGCUCAAGGAUUUGAAGAAGCUUCCUGGGGAGUCUCCAGACAGGAAAGAUGCAGAAAAAUCCUUGGAGCUUCUCACAGCAGCAAAUCACUCAAAUGCAGCUAUUCGAAAGAUGGAAAAGAUGCACAAGCUCUUAGAGGUGUAUGAGCGUUUGGGAGGAGAAGAAGAUAUAGUUAAUCCUGCAAAUGAACUUAUUAAAGAAGGCCAUAUUCAGAAGCUGUCUGCAAAGAAUGGCACUGCUCAAGAUAGGUACUUGUUUCUGUUUAAUAGUAUGCUGUUAUAUUGUGUGCCCAAACUGAGACUUAUAGGUCAGAAGUUCAGUGUUCGUGAGAAGAUGGACAUAGCUGGCUUGCAGGUACAGGAAAUUGCCAAGCCAAAUGCAACACAUACAUUUACAAUAACAGGAAAAAAGAGGUCACUAGACCUGCAAACAAGAACAGAAGAGGAAAAGAAAGAAUGGAUCGAGGUAAAUUCUCUACCACGAUUAGAAAAGCACAAGCAGAAGAGUGAGACAUUCAGAGCUUUCAACAGCUCUUUUGGCCAAGAGGAAGAUAUCCCAGACUCACCUAUGGCCAGCACAAGCUCUGUGGAGUCCAUGGCAGGGGCGGAUGGCUGUGGUGGAUUUGGAGGCCUUGACUCCAGAAAAUCUUCUAAAAAUAGAAGAGACAAAGAGAAGCAAACUUGCAAAAGCUGCAGUGAAACCUUUAAUUCAAUUACGAAAAGACGGCACCACUGCAAACAGUGCGGGGCUGUGGACAUAACCCACACCUACACUUUCCCAUUAUCCUUAGGAAGGAAACUCCAGACCUGGGAGACUUUGUCCUGCAAUUCAGCUGUUAAUUCUUCUUGGAAUUUGAUGGUGGUUCUGUUAGGCUAUAGGAAUUGUUGUUUCAUUUCCUUGCUUCUUUCUGUCUUUUCUCUUGCCUGCAGCAUGAAGAAGAGCCCUGGAUUCAGUCAGAGAACCUGGGUUUGGAUGCUGAUUCUACCACUUACUGCCCUUAAGCAGAAUAUUAUUGCACCUGAAAACAGCCUCUUCUGUAGCCACCUCCAGCUGAUGGACAAAGGGAAAGUCUGCUGCAAGCUGUGGGCGACCAUUCCAAAAGCCGAACCCCUGGUGCUGUACCUGCAAGGAGGCCAGGAUGGGCGGUCCUCCCGGACAAUCCCUCUUCCUGGCUAUGAGGUGACUUUGCCUGGACCUGCUGAGAAGCUGGAAGCGAAGUACACACUGAAGCUGUCUCAGUCCCACCAGACUCUGUAUCUUGGCGUAGAGGAUGAGGAACUCCAGCGGAGGUGGAUGGAAGUUCUCACCAGAGCUGCCAGAGGAGAAACAGACGAUCCCAGGGCCAGUAUUGGGAAUCCCCAGGGGCCCUGAAAAGCCGGAGCCCAUCCUGGGCACAGCCACCUAAGGCAUUUGGUCCUGGACUUUGGACAUGGCUAGCUUGACGGGUCUGCAGAGGAAUGCCUCCUGUGGAUCCUUUCUCCCUGUAAAAAGUGACCACUUCAGAGGAGCAAAGCAGUCAGUGACCCUACCGAGUCAGACCCAGGCUUCAGGGCCAGUGAGCAUGCCCAAGAGUGUGUGUACGCGUCCAUGCACGUGUGUGCAUGCGCACACGAUGUGUGUUUUCACGCAUGUGCUCUUGAGAGAGAGUGUAUGUGUGUGCCCAUACUUGAGCAUAGCAGGCCCGAGCUGGGCAGAAGACAAGGUAGUCACGGAAGAGAUCUAGGCCACUGAUAGCAGUCUGGUUUUGUUUUACAUUUGUGUCCAUCUAUUUUUCCCCAGCUGUUCCAAACCUUUUGGUGUUUCUAGAUAUUUAUCCCCUCUCUCCCACCUGACAUGUAGACUCCGAUUGCCUCAGGACUGGAGGAGACUCACACCUUUAGGGAGGGAUGAGGAAAGCAGGGUAGUGAUCCCACACACAUCCCAUCCUGAGCCUGGCAGAUGCUGACCUGUGGGAGUCUGUAGGUGGAUGUGCACUUGGCAGGCAGGGUUAUAUGGUAUGUUGCUUUGUAAACAAAUAGUCUUAGUUAAUGAUGGUGUUAAGUGAUACUGACCUUGGAAAGAGGGCAAGGAGGAAAUUCGUUGUAUCCAGAGUUUGCCCUGGAUGGCUCAAACCCUUGCUGAUUCAGGCUGAGUCCCUAGCACCAUUCUUCCUGCUGUUUGGUUCAGGGUGGAAUAUGUUAGUCCUUAACUAACCAACAGUGCUAAGCCAUGCCGAGGCUUGGACCAGGCCCCAGCUUCUCCUGUCUUGAGCAGUCUGGGUUUCCUGAUAAAGCAGUCUUUGUGAAGUAUCUUUAUCCAUUAAGCUGUUUGUCCUUACUGUUUGGAGAUGACCCUUUGAAAGGGAAAAUGCUGUGGAGAAUGACCUCAGGAUCAUUGCUGCAGCCUUCCAGGCCCUCCCCGUGGGCCUGCUCUCCACCACCACCUGCCUCAAGUCCCCUGGCAAACACUGUAGGUAAGGGGAGACCUUUGUAGUUCUACUUAGGGCAUUUCUGAUCUUCUGUAUUCAUAGGAAGGUGACUUGCUCAGUUGUUCAAUUAAUUUUCCAAUAGUCCAGGAUUUAUUUAUAAUUUGUAAAUAAUGUUUCAUACCUACCACCAGAAGUUUAAAAUAUUGAGGUUAAUAACAGGAUUUAGUAUGUAGAGUGACAAAAUGUUUGUAUGAAUUUGUCAUUUGCCCUUGUUAACUGGCAUUUGUUUUGUUCCCAAAGGGAAGUGCUUGUCUAUUUAAAUAAAUGCCCUGCAGCCAGA